UGAGGAUUUCUCACGACACACGAUUCACCGCCCAACUAUCCGAUGCGCCGGCGUUACGACAGACUGUUUCGAAGCAAGCAUAGACGCGAGUCUUUUUUUUUAAGAUCAUCCGAGUUCGAUCUUCUACCAGAAACCGCCCAUCAUGUCGCGCCCUGAGGAUACCCUCGCGGCCGACAUCCACUACAAUGACUCCGAAGCCCGCAAGUACACGACGAGCUCCCGUAUCCAAAAUAUCCAGGCUUCCAUGACCCGCCGGGCCCUCGAGCUUCUCGACCUUAAGCAACCCUCUUUCAUCCUCGACGUUGGCUGCGGUAGCGGCUUGUCCGGCGAAAUCCUCACCGCCGAAGGCCCCGAAGAUGGCGGGCCACACACCUGGGUCGGCAUGGACGUGUCGCCUUCAAUGCUCGACAUCGCACUCCAAAGAGAUGUAGAAGGCGACCUUCUCCUCGCGGAUAUCGGACAGGGUGUACCCUUCCGCGCCGGUUCCUUCGACGCCGCUAUCAGCAUUUCAGCCAUUCAAUGGCUUUGCAACGCCGAGAGCAGCGAUACCUCACCCGAGGGCCGUCUCACCAGAUUCUUCAACGGACUUUACGCAUCAUUACGUAGAGGUGGUCGUGCCGUCUGCCAAUUCUACCCCAAGAACGACACCCAGCGCAACAUGAUUACCCAGGCAGCCGUCAAGGCCGGCUUCGGCGCCGGUCUGCUCGAGGACGACCCCGAGACGAAGAACGUGAAGCUCUACCUUGUGUUGACUGUCGGUGGUACCGCAGAGGGUGGUCGCGGAGGCGACAUCACAAACGUCGUUGACGGGAUGGACAACGUCGAUGUUGAGGACGCGAGGAGAAAGGCUAGUCAGCAGAGCGGCAAGGGUGACAUCAAGAAGGGCAGCAAGGCGUGGAUUGUCAAGAAGAAGGAGCAGAUGGAGAGGAAGGGAAAGGUUGUCAAGUCUACCUCGAAGUAUACUGGACGCAAGCGUAGAACUGCCUUCUAAGCGGACGGAGCUUGGCGGGUUCUCGGGGAUGUCGCAUGGCAUGGCGUUCAGGGGUACAUUGGAAAACUUGCUUUUAGAGAUCGGAAAUCGAAUCAGAUACCCUCAUUUACCUCUCAAAAUCUUUGUCUCAUCUCUGAGUCUCCUUUUUGCGGAUCCUGAAUAUAACCUUUGUUUUGCUGGAAAGAAAGGGUAUCACACCACAUCC